AUGGCAAGUGUUGCUUUUCCUCACCUCGCAAAGGGUCAUGUUCUUUCAACAUCUCAUUCCUAUAGCUACGCCUACCAUCCUCCUACUAAUGUUUCACUGCCCACAAUCCUCUUCCUCCACGGCUUCCCAUCCUCAUGCUACGACUGGCGACACCAGAUAAAUUUCUUCUCCCAAGAGGGAUAUGGAGUGUUGGUACCGGACCUUCUGGGUUACGGCGACACAGCCAAACCCACAGCCCUGGAAGACUACAAAACCAAGAGAAUGGCAGCUGAAGUCAUCGAGCUACUCGACCACGAAGGUAUCAGUAAGGUUCACGCCGUGGGUCAUGAUACCGGAUGCAUCUUAUUAUCCCGGCUGCCAAACUACUUCCCAGAUCGUUUGCUGUCCUGCACAUUCUUAGACGUGCCCUACUCCAAGCCAGGAGAGCACUUCGAUCUCGCCACGGUGAAUGCUCUAACGAAGCAGUUCUUGGGUUACGAAAGGUUCGGGUAUCUCGAGUUUUUCACCAGAGCCAAGGCAGGAGAUAUUAUUGAUCAACAUUCAGACUCGUUCUUCACCCUCUUCUACCCACAAGACCCCAGUUUAUGGGUCGACCACGUUGGCCCAACAGGUGCGAUGGAGGCUUGGCUACUUCAGGACCGAAAGGGACCUGAGCCGACAUAUGUUAACCAGGCUGAGCGACAAAUUCACCAGGACAUUCUGCGAAACGGCCAUGGCUCAGCACUACAAUGGUACCACGCUCUUGUAGAAAACAUAAAUGAGCAAGAUGAGAUUCAAGAAAACCUCGACCCAGUACUCCCAAUGCCCGUCCUAAUGGUCUGUCCGCAGCCAAGUGCGCUUGAGCUACCAGGCGUUGAAGAACAGAUGAAGCAGGUUGCCUCUGAUUUCACAUUCAAAAGAGUGAGUACUUCGGGCCAUUGGGUGCAACUGGAAGCACGCGAUGAAAUCAAUACUAUUCUGAGGAAUUUUUUCGAGCGGUAG